UGACCCAUAAAAUACUACUAGACAUGUAUUUUCUAUAUUCCACAAUUAUGUGAUCCAUAAUGCUUCCCAAAGACAUCCUUUGACUAUUUCAAAGUAGUCGAUUUCAUGACUAGUCUGUGGUGUAGCUUCAUAGAAAUUUCCCUUCCCACCUCUGAAAAUAUAUAUAACAAUAAAUAAAUGCAUCAUCCACCAUCCCAAACUUCAACAACAACAACGAAAGAUUUUACACUAAAAUUCUCUUCUGCACUCUCAAAUUCUCCCAACUAUGGCAAAUCCAGUAAAUAAAAGAUUUUACACCAAAAUCAAUCUACUUUCUCUGUUUUUUCUAUCGUACCCUCUAGUUGCUAACUCAUACAACCCAGAUUACAAUAUAGCUAUCAGUUGUGGCUCCUUAAAAAACACUUCUGGCUUAGACCAUCGAAUUUGGGUUGGUGAUAGCAUUGAUAACUCUAAGAUCUUUUCUUUCAUUGAACCAAAAACCAAAAACCUAUCUUUUAAUACAAAGCCUAUUUCCACCUAUACCAACAUUCUUUACACAACCGCACGCGUCUCUCACUCAAAUUUCACAUACUCAAUUUCUACUAUCACUACUUCCCCUGUUUUUAUUCGCCUUCAUUUUUACCCGUCUUCAUACCAGAACUUUGAUCCCUCCAAUGCACUUUUCUCAGUUCAGGUAAACAACAAUCUUACCCUUCUUAAAAACUUCAACCCAUUACUUUGGCUUGAUCAUGUUGAUGAUGUGACUCCAAUCAUCAAAGAAUAUUGCAUCCAAAUCAAACCAAAUGAGAAGCUAAACAUAACUUUUAUUCCCAACAACAUAAAUCAUUCUAAUCCUUGUUAUGCUUUCGUUAACGGAAUUGAAGUUGUGUCUAUGCCUCAAUUUCUCUAUUACAGUGCCCCAGAUUAUCAUUUCAAUUACCUUACCCUUAACAGCAACGAAUACCAAAUUCAUAGUGAUAGUGCACUUGAGAUGGUUUAUAGAGUCAACGUUGGUCAAAAUCAAGUUCCAACAAACCAAGAUACAGGUAUGUUUCGUAAUUGGGAAGCUGAUUAUCCUCUUUACUUGGAGAAACAAUAUCCACAAAGUUUGUCAAGUGAUUUUGGAGAACGUGUAAACUAUUCACUAAAUACCAAUCCAAAUUACACUGCACCAGAAGAUGUUUACAGAACUUCAAGAAGUUAUGGAAUGGAUAGCACAGAGGAUUACAAUGUAACUUGGAAUUUUGAAGUUGAUUCUACUUUUACUUAUAUGGUAAGGUUACAUUUUUGUGAGUAUGAUUACCAUAUCAGGAUUGCAGGUGAUAGAGUUUUUCAGAUUUUUAUAAAUGACACUUUGGCCGAAGAAACUGCAGAUGUGAUUCUUUGGGCUGGUGGUCGAUUGAUUCCUGUUCAUAAGGAUUAUGCUGUAUCCAUGUACUCUCAAGAAGGUAACUCUAAAAUUGAAAGAGUUAAUCUUUCGAUCAAGCUACAACGAUUACCAAAAUCUAUGUCGUAUGUGUUUACAAAUUAUCAUGAAGUCAUCUUGAACGGAAUCGAGAUUUUCAAAAUAAGCGACACAAACUACAGUCUUGCAGGGUCGAAUCGCAAAUCCAUUAUUUUAAAUCCCAAGCAACAAUUUUUACCAAGUGAAAAAUCGAAGAAGUCAAUCUUAGUUGUUGUUGUUGUUGUAGUUUCAUGUUUCUUGUUAGCAUCUGUUAUUGGAAUGAUAGUUUUUGUUCGAAGGAGAAGAAGAUUUGAAUCUCAUCCUGAAAUGGAAGAAAGUACACGGAGGAUAAAAAAAGAAGGUUCAUCAACUUUACCAUCCCAUUUGUGUCGCUAUUUUACAAUAGCGGAGAUAAAAGCUGCUACAAACAACUUUGAUGAAAUUUUUAUCAUCGGGGUUGGAGGGUUUGGCAACGUGUACAAAGGUUACAUCGAUGGAGUUACACCUGUUGCGAUAAAACGUCUUAAACCGGGUUCUCAACAAGGUGUGAACGAGUUCAUGAAUGAGAUCGAGUUGCUCUCUCAGCUUCGUCAUAUUCAUUUGGUUUCCCUCAUAGGAUAUUGCAACGAUGGUGUGGAGAUGAUUCUCGUUUACGACUUCAUGCAACGUGGCACUCUUCGUGAAUAUUUAUAUGGUUCCGAUAACGAACGCCUUACUUGGAAGCAGAGACUCGAGAUUCUAUUGGGUGCGGCAAGAGGGUUGCAUUAUCUUCAUACUGGUGCGAAGCACAGUAUCAUACAUCGUGAUGUGAAGAGUACUAACAUACUCUUGGAUGAGAAAUGGGUGGCUAAGGUUUCUGAUUUCGGGUUAUCAAAAGCGGGACCAACGGGAAUGGCUAUGACCCAUGUCAGCACUGUGGUGAAGGGUAGUAUAGGGUAUUUGGAUCCAGAAUACUACCUCCGUCAAAGGUUGACUCUAAAGUCUGACGUGUACUCUUUCGGUGUUGUGCUUCUUGAAGUGUUGUGUGCAAGACCUCCUUUGGUUCGUUCUUCGGAAAAGAAAAAAGCAAGUUUGGUUAUUUGGUUCCAAAGAUGUUACAAGCAAGGUCUGAUAGUCGAAGAAUUGGUUGACCCGUUCAUAAAGGAUUCUAUAACAAGUGAGAGUUUGAAAUGCUAUUGUCAAAUGGUGUUGAGUUGUUUGCAUGAUGAUGGAAAUCAACGAAUGUCGAUGAGUGAUGUGGUCGGGGCUUUAGAAUUUGCAUUGCAGUUGGUAACGACGGAGGAGGAUAGUAAAUUUGGAUGGACCAAAGAAAAAGAAAAAAGUGAGCAAAGACUGUUACCGCAUUUUACGAGUGAGGACGGUAGCGACGUGUUCACGAGUAGUAGUGAUGACUAUGGAUCUCAAACAAGUAAGGUAAGCACCAUUUCAACCAGUACUGAAGGACAACCUAUGUUAUCUGCGACUGUGUUUUCUGAGAUUGGGAAUCCAAAAGCACGAUAGAUAGAUAGAUGUCAUGUAUCCUAAAAUUUUCAAUUGUGUAUUUUUCAAAAGAUAAGCCAAAUAAUUAUAAUGUAUAAUUUGAUCAUUUCUAAUUUGUUGUUACCUACUCGAUGAAUUGAAGUUUAAUAUUGUAAA